UCAUCGGCGCGCGACGGGCCGAAGAUGGCGGGCAAGAGGAACGUUCUGUCGUCGCUGGCCGUUUAUGCGGAGGAUUCGGAGGCCGAGUCGGACGGCGAGGCCGGGGCGGCGGCCGCGGCGGCGGCGGCCACGGCGACGAACCCGGUGGCCGAGGAGAAAGGGGGAUUGGUUUCCGAAGCCUAUGGAGAGGAUGACUUUUCCCGCUUGGAGGGAGAUGAAGAUGGUUAUGAAGAAGACGACGAAGAGAACAGCAGACAGUCGGAUGAUGACGACUCUGAGGCAGACAGACCCGAGGCUGCUGACUUAAAGGACUUUUCGGAACUGGAGAAGAGAGAUCCCCAGGAGCUGGUGGCCUCCUUCUCCGAGAGGGUAAGGAACAUGUCUCCUGACAAGAUCAAAAUCCCCCCAGAGCCUCCCGGCAGAUGCUCAAACCACUUGCAGGACAAGAUCCAGAAGCUGUAUGAGCGGAAGGUGAAGGAGGGGAUGGACAUGAACUUCAUUAUCCAGAGGAAGAAGGAGUUUCGCAAUCCCAGCAUCUACGAGAAGCUGAUCCAGUUCUGCGCCAUCGAUGAACUUGGCACCAAUUACCCCAAGGAUAUGUUUGACCCCCACGGAUGGUCUGAGGACUCUUACUACGAGGCCCUGGCAAAAGCACAGAAGAUAGAAAUGGACAAGCUGGAAAAGGCCAAAAAGGAGAGGACCAAGAUUGAGUUUGUGACGGGCACCAAGAAGGGGACCACCACCAACGCAGCGGGGGCGGCCCCCGGAGCACCCACGACUACCACAGCCAGCACCGCUGUUGCCGAUGCCCAGAAGCGGAAGAGCAAAUGGGACUCUGCCAUCCCCGUGACCACCAUCGCCCAGCCUACCAUCCUCACAACCACAGCCACCCUGCCCGCGGUCGUCACGGUAACCACUAGCGCCAGCGGCUCCAAGACAACUGUCAUCUCCGCCGUGGGCACCAUAGUGAAGAAGGCCAAGCAGUAACGGGCAGGGCGGGCGGGGACAACCGGCAGGGGCGAGCCCCCUGGGAUUGGGAAGGACGCCGGCGCCAGCCCGGCUCCCUGACUGCAGGACGUGACUGGGACGAUGAGACGGGCCGGGUGAGCCGACGGGAGAAGGGUCAGGCGCUGUCGCCCAGGACUGGGGCUUGUGGCCCCUAGCCCCUCACUGUGGAACUGCCCUUGGUGCCCAGCAGGGAUGCCCCACUGCGGGCAGGGGGGCACGGGCAGGGGACUCUGUGGGUGUGGGAACCGUUCUAAUAAAGUGCAAGACUUCCUCCGG